UCGCAUACAAGCAGAUUUGUGUCCGUGCUGCCAUCAGCUAUGCACAUCAUUCUGGCGGUUACAGCAACCGCUCAAAUCUCACAGAAGAGUAGAAUCGUCCAAAGUGCAUUGUCGAAAGGACAAGCGAGGGCGUCUGCAUCGCUGAAAAGGGAUCACUUGGGCAACAUGAGCCUAGCGAGCUUCCACUACGAGGUUUUUGGAAAGGUGCAAGGCGUAUUUUUCAGGGCCUGCACAGCUGAAGAAGCAAACAACCUGGGGAUCGUGGGGUGGGUGCGCAACACAUCAUCCGGUUCUGUGGAGGGUGAAGCUCACGGUCCUACAGCCAAGCUGGCCCUCUUCAAGGACUUCUUGCAGCACAGAGGAUCGCCUGGCUCGCGCAUUGAUCGGUGUGAGAUCACGCGGGAGCAAAAAGACUUGCUGGAACUGUCAUAUGAUGACUUUACUGUGCGAAGAUGAGCGCCAUUUGGCCGACCGGAUAGGAUAGCUGCAUGUCGUCUGGGAAGCAUAUUGCUCAACGCUGGGGCACAUGCUGUUGCACAGUGCAUCACUUGUGUCUUCGAGCUGAGCUCUGGGCUACUUUCAUAUUUAUCGAGACCUGCAGAGUGACAGGUCAAUAUAAAGGUAUUUCUGCAAGCACUUUCAUAAUGCAAAGCACAUCAGCUGUGCGCUGGUGCUAGCAGAUACCAUCAUUUGCGCAACUAGGGCAUGCGCUAUUUGGUACUCUGGAAGGAUUGCAGAUCUCUACCAGGCUGGUAGCAAAGGCUAUCUUGUCAGAUCUAGGUAGAGCAUGACCUGGAUUCCACUAUUAAAUUAGAGUUUUUUUCGCCCAGCAUCGCAAGAGUAGGAUGCUGCACACUCGAGCCAAUCCAACGCACCGUCUUUAACGGCGUGAGCUCAAUUCGAAACAAAUUGCCUGCAAUAUGUUCCAAGUACGCUCUCACUCGUUGUGGUCGUCACAAGGAGAGCUAGGAGAGCUUUUAAUGACAAUUGACAGCGACGGGCGUUACCAGGGGACCGUAAACUGAUUUUGGUAGGUUAGAUUAUCCUGCUUUUCCCGAGUGGAGUAGAAGAAUAGGAAACCCCAUUCUUCUACUCCCCUUACUUUUAUUUUGAUGAUACCACUGAUGAGUCAUGGACUGGAUCGGAGAUUGGGAGGUCCUCAAGGUCCCAACUUGGAGGUGCAGCUUGCAAUUCAUUGAGGCAUCAGGAUAGCCACCAGCAGGGCAGGAAGCUUUGGGUGCUCAUGAUUGGGCAGACUCAUCAGUAUGCAGCAUCAGGAGUUGGGCUGGGGUGGGGCAUACAGGAAUGGCAUCGGCGGCCCAUCAUGCAUGGUACCAAACAAACCAUAGCCGCUACUGCGGCAGAUCACUGAAGUAAGCUGUGGGCAGCUGAUUUCCUCCAGACAGAACCCUGACACCACCUUUGCGUAGUGGUCUGGUGGUGCCGCACAAGUGGGGCGUGGGUCGCUGCACCUGUGAGACCUGGCCAUAAGCUCUAGGGGCCAGAUUCAAAAUAAUCAAGAGCAGUUCUUACAUUGGUCCAUCGGUAUGGCAUCACAGUGGGUACAAGAAUAGUGUACACAAUAUCAAACAAAGACUCGACCAACUUGGGCAUGUAGGGCAAUUUACCAGAAAUAUUGAUGAAUGGCCCCGGCUGGCGGGGGGCAAUAUAAAUACUGAGCACCGUGCCUACGGUUGAUUGGGUCUUACUUGGAUCUGGCGAGUCCAACAAGGGGUAGGAUUAUGGCGGCCUUCAACUGCAGCUUGUCUGCAGGACGCACCUUGCCUCUUGGCAGGAAAAGCGUGUAAUAAUAAUAAUAAUU